GACCGCGUGUCGACGUCCGAUAGUUGGCCGUGCUCCGAGUCACUGGUUCGGGCGCCACUGUUGAUUGCCUUGCUUCGAGAAAAAUAUGGAGACGUGUUCACAGUGCACCUGGGACCGAGGCCCGUGGUCAUGCUGUGUGGGACAGAGGCCAUAAGGGAGGCUCUGGUGGACCAAGCUGAGGCUUUCUCUGGCAGGGGGACAGUUGCUGUGCUUGAGCCAAUUGUACAAGGAUAUGGUGUGUUCUUUGCCAAUGGUGAACGCUGGAAGACCCUUAGGCGAUUCUCUCUGUCCACCAUGAGAGACUUUGGGAUGGGAAAGAGGAGUGUGGAGAAGCAGAUUCAGGAGGAGGCCCGAUGUCUGGUGGAGGAGCUGAGGAAAUCCCAGGGAGAUCUGAGAGGUCAGUGCGGAGGGGGAGGGAAGAAAGGUUCAGAGGCUGAGAAGAAUGAACUGGACAAAGAAAUGUUUGAGCUCUUCUCUGGUUUCCUGAAGUACUUUCCUGGUGCCCACAAACAAAUCUUCAAAAAAGCACAAGAAAUCAUUGAUUACAUAGGCCACAAUGUGGAGAAGCACCAGGCAACUUUGGACCCCAGCAAUCCAAGAGACUUCAUCGAUACCUACCUUAUACGCAUGGAGAAGACCAGCAGCACCACUCUCCGCUAUGGCUUCCUUCUCAUGCUCAAAUAUCCCCAUGUUGCAGAGAAAGUCCAAAAGGAGAUCGAUCAGGUGAUUGGCUCACACCGCCCACCAACCCUUGAUGACCGCACCAAAAUGCCUUACACUGAUGCCGUCAUCCAUGAGAUUCAGAGAUUUUCAGAUCUUGGCCCAAUUGGAUUGCCACACAAAGUCACCAAAGACACUUUGUUCCGAGGGUACCUGCUCCCCAAGAACACUGAAGUGUACCCCAUCCUGAGUGCAGCUCUCCAUGACCCACGGUAUUUUGAACAACCAGACACCUUCAAUCCUGACCACUUCCUGGAUGCCAAUGGGGCUCUGAAGAAAAAUGAAGCUUUUAUGCCCUUUUCUAUAGGUGAGAGGGACCUGUGCUUCCUUUCCCAGACACUAGAGGGCAGGCUCACCCUCCAGGAUACAGGACUAGGUCCCUGA